GCACGCGCUGUCUGGGUUUCUGACUCCUUCUCGGCUGCGGGUCGGUGAGAUGCCGGGCCGUGGGGUGCUCCCCGAGGACCAGGCCGCGCCGGGCCCCGCCGACAGCUCGACCCUACACAAGGAGGAUCUGUGCAGUAAGAUUAAAGAACAAAAAGUUGUUGUGGAUGAACUUUCUAACCUGAAGAAGAAUAGGAAGGUGUAUAGACAGCAGCAGAACAGCAACUUAUUCUUCCUCGCAGACCGAGCAGAGAUGCUUUCUGAAAGCAAAAAUAUGUUAGAUGAAUUGAAGAAAGAAUAUCAAGAAAUAGAAAAUUCAGAGAAGACCAAUAUGAAGAAAUAG